AUGAAUCGUCACAAGAAGUUUUACUCCACGCUUAGGGAUAAAAUGUGCGGCGAUGAUUACGAUGACUAUUACGAGGAGGAAGAAGACAACUUCUACGACGAGGAGGACCUGCAAUAUAUUGUGCAGGCGGGCGCCAUCCCGGCACAACCUGUAAAAGUGUCUGCCACUGCGGGGUGCAGUGCUACUCAGGGGGCGUCAUCAAAAGAAGUGGAGUUGACUUCGGGUAAGGACUACAAUCUGUGCCCUGACGAUUUGGACUACUCGCUCAUCAUUACGUUGCUUACAGAGUUCAAGAGAAAGUGGGGAGAAUGCGCCUCGGUGCAGGCGCUUAAACUGGAUCCCGCUUUGUGCGACAUUGUCGACGCUUUUCGUGAACACAAUUAUGACGUUGACGAGGCUGUUGCAUAUAUGGUGAGUAAGCUGACGGAGGAGCAGUCGAGGGUGGGGACGCAAAACCUGCCGCAAUUGUCCUCACCUUUGCCUCACCCCGUAAAUGUCGGGGUUCCUGCUUCGACGACGACGUCGACAUCGACGGCUGGGCUGAAACCAGGCGGGCGCACCCUAAAACUUGGGAAAGGCAGCAAAAGUACAGACAAACCGACGAUCAAUGCAUCUGAGGGGGUCACAAAGACGAUGUCAACAAUGGCGAGUGGUGCACAUCGUACCGGUGGCAUCUCAAAACUUAAAAAAAAUAAGGUACAGGAGAUCAUGCCGGACCCAAACAAAAGAGAUUGUACGUUUGUCAUUGCAGGUCAUGUGGAUGCUGGAAAGAGUACAACGUUGGGGCAUCUACUUCUUUUGCUGGGGAGAGUGUCACAGUCAGAUGUAGACAGGAAUGAGAGGAGUGCUCGUCAACUGAAUAAGGAAUCCUUUAAAUAUGCCUGGUUGCUCGAUCAAUCCGAAGAAGAGCGUAGACGUGGUGUUACAAUUGAUUCUGGAUCUUAUUGCUUUGAAACAGAGCAUCGUCGGAUUAAUAUUUUGGAUGCCCCAGGUCACAAGGAUUAUGUUCUCAGUAUGAUUAGUAGCGCUACACAGGCGGAUGCGGCACUUCUCGUUGUAACGGUUGCCCCCUCUGAAUUUGAGGUUGGUUUGUCCCAUGGAACAAAAGAACAUCUUUUUAUUUUAAAGACGCUGAGUGUUGGUCGAUUGAUUGUUGCUGUGAAUAAGAUGGAUGCUGUGGACUAUAGUAAAGACCGAUAUGACCACGUCGUAUUGGAGUUGAAGCGUUUGCUGAAGCAGAUACGCUUCAAAGAGGAGGCUAUUGUUGGGUUUUGUCCUGUGAGUGGGAUGCGGGGGACUAACCUUCUCACUGUGGAUCACGCGGCAACCCCGUGGUACAAAGGGCCAUCCUUGGUGCAGUUAUUUGAUCAAUGCCCACUAGAAAACAGAUUGUUGGAUGCCCCCUUACGACUGAGCCUGCAAGACGUGCAAGGAGCACGACUCUUUUGUAAAGUGGAGAGUGGACGACUUUCAAAGGCGUCCAAGGUUCUUUUAUUGCCAGCAGACGUCACGGUACACGUAAAAACUAUAGUAAGGCCUACGACAGGUGAAUUAGUAACUGCCGCUUUCGCGGGUGAUGCGGUGGAACUUGACACAGACUCCUCACUUGUGGGGUUAUUCCCUGGCUGUGUUGGUUGCCUCCCCACUGCCUCUAUUCGCUGCUCUACAGACUUUGAGGCUCGGGUGCAGACCUUUGCCACGCUACAAAGUUCUAUUCUUCCUGGGACAUCCUUUACAAUGGUGGUUCAUGCCCUUACGGUGCCGGUGAAGGUGUUAGCACUGGUGUCGAAAAUGGAUUGUCGGGGAAACUGGUCAAAGGGCAUGGUGAAGUGUAUCCCAAAGGCCACGCAGGCGAUCAUUGUUUUUCGCGCAGCGUCCAAAAUUGCCUUGGAGCCCGCCGAGGCAUGCCGCGCUCUUGGACGUUUUCUUCUGCAGCAAGAUGGCAACACAGUGGCAGGGGGUCUAGUGGAGAAGAUGAUGCUGUAA